UAAAGCGGUCAGCGUGACUUUGUUGUAUGUACUUUGUGUGAGGAUUUACACUAUAAUUUGAAAGCCUGAAAGACGCUUAUUUUGCUGUUCGGUAUUUGGUAGAAGUUUAUUUGAUCUAAUAUAUAUUUAUUUUGCGUUACAGCCUGCUGUAUGAAAUAUUUCAACGCGCACUUCUGUUUGAUUCAGCUCUGGCGACGGGAGCGAGCACCGCGUAAAGCGCGCGCGCGCACGUAUUUUUUUAUGGGGGUUUAUUUAUCGGGGCGCGCGUUGAGUUGGCACGGGCGCGCGGUUGUCAUUUAAAUCCUCGGCUAUCCGUUGCCACAGUGAGCUUGCACCGCAGCAGUUUUGAGCAAGGCAUGCGAAGUAAUUUUCCAGACCACCAAGCAGACAAGGACGCGUUUUCAGUCUCUCAGCAUGGGAAACCUGGCGCUCUCCACCAGUUUUUUCAGGACUGAUGCAACCCCCUCGGACCCAGUCCACUCAGAGAGCUUUGUAGCCAGAAGAAUUUGCAAUGGUGUAAUGUAUUACUACACUCCAAUGACUGCAGCUGAGAACCAGACGGUGUACGUUGCCAAAGACUCUCCGACCACAGCAGAUCUGCACCCCAUCUCAUCUUCAGUGUCCUCAGAAACACUUUCCCACACAGCUAUUUCCUCCCAGCAGCAUUUAGGUGCUGCUUCCCAUUCUCGCCCUCUUCUCCUCUUCUUCUCCUGGCUCGGUGCCCAACCUGGGGCCGUAGCCAAGUACAGGGACCUCUACCUCGACCGUGGUAUGGAUGUCCUCCUUGUCCAGAGCAGUGUUAUGCACUUCCUGUGGCCUCAAUGGGGGCUCAACUAUGGGUUGGAGAUUUUGAAUAUUUUAGAGGAGCCUCCUUUCACAGACAGGCUCAUAUUGGUUCAUGCAUCUUCCAUUGGUGGCUUCACUUUCACCCAGCUGCUCACCCACAUUACUCAGCAACCAAAGCAGCACGCUGGCCUGGCCCACAGAGUGAUAGGACACAUUUAUGACAGUCUAGUAGUUGGCUCCCUGGAUCACAUGGCGACAGGACUUGGCAAGACUUUGUUGCCCCGUUUAGAGGGCUUCAUCAAAACUACCGCCAUGCUCUACUUCAGGCUGUUCAAGUCCCAGACUGCAGACAUAUACGAGAACGGUGUCCAGGUUUUCUACAACAGCCCUGUUACUUCCCCAGCACUCUUCUUCUUCUGUGAAAAUGAUGCAAUGUGUAGCCCUGCUGUCCUGGAAAGACUGAUGGACUUCUGGAGGCGAAGGGGAGUGUCUGUUGACAGCAGGAAGUGGAAAAAGUCCACACAUGCCGCCCAUCUGCGAUGUCACCCAGAAGACUACCUUUCUACAUUGCAGCACUUUUUAAACUCCCUGUCUGUUCCUUCUCUUCAAUCUAACAUUUGAACUGUCUGGAAAAAAUUCACUUUUAACUAUUUUCAUUGUAUUUACUCACCAUAAACCCCUAUUUAAAGCAGAACGCACUUUUAUCAAGAACGACUUUUAUGUUGUAGUUUGAGUUUGUUUGUUUUUUAUUUGAAAAACCAACUUGUGAACAUUUUCCUCAACUCUGACUUAUUUUUGGGUUGUAAUUAAGAUUACAUUUGAAGUAUUUAGAAGCUUACUAUAACACUUGUUUGCACAAUAACUACUUUAUCAGUAGCUGAUUAAUAAUGGUGUUCUGCAUAGUAUUGCUCUGGUCAUAAAGAGCAUGAGUUAUAUUUGUGUAUAUAGUUAUGGUUGAUUUCCGACAAAAACAAUAUCUAUUGUGCUUAUUUAGCCUAUUUUUUAACAAUAUAGGAUAUUUUUGUCGACACAUUUUGCAAUUUUAAACCUGAAAGUAUUAAUAGUGGUUGAUCUGAGUUAGCAGAAGAGGUGGAGGAGGGUUAGCUGGAGGCUGGUGGUGUAACCAGUGAAAGGAUACUGCAGGGUUUUGUUCCAGUUUACUGAAGUGAGUAUAUUGGGGCGGAGCCUUCAUCAGCCAGUAAUAAAAUAGGUCAAUGAUGCAGUGACCAGAUGCUGAGAGUAUUGGUGCAUUAGGGUGAAUGCAGAGAUUAUUGUCUUUUGUUGAAUGAAAAACAUUUCAUGAGCAGAGACAUAAAAUGAAGCCCUUAUUUUGAAUAAGGAAAAAGACAAAGAACAUCUACAAAACCCAGUGUUGUGAAGUAAUAAUCUGUACAAUAUGCUGUUGUUCUUUGGUUUGAUUCAAGCUUAUGUUGAAGUGUUCAAAACUUGUUUUCCUGUUUCUAAGACCAUAAGAUCCUUAGGAUCUUGGCACAUUAUGCUGAUGGCUCAGUCAGCAAUAGAUAUGUUGUAAUUAUUGUUAGUUUGAGCAUUGCUGUUGUUUCUAGUGUCAGAAAAUGUUGUCAAAAAGUUGAGAUUAUAUAACGGUUCUUUUUGCUCUCUGAGGAAGCAGUGCAAGUCUCAGAGGCUCUCCUGUACAAAGGAGCAUGACUGGCUAAAGUUUCAGUAUCGUAUUAAUAAUUAAAGGUCAGUUUUAGGGAACACGACAGAAGCUAUAGUUACCUUUACUGGACACCAAACCACAUGUUGCUUUAAAGUGAAAGGGUUUUUUUUUUCUUCAAUUUAAAGUAUUAGUCUUUUUAUUUUCCCUUGUACAUUGAACUAUUUGCUUCCAAAGAUGUCCUACAGUCUCAUGCUAAAAUAAACUGAUGAUUAAAAUAGUUUUUUUUAGAAUCCAUUCCAAACAGAAAUGGAAUCAUGGGAGCAAAUAAGAACAUGUCAAUAAGUAUUCUAAGUAUGUGCUUGUUUGUCAUUGGAGAACAACUGAUCUAUUUAGCCUCAAUAACGCCUAAGUUCGUUUUUUUAAUCAAGGAAAAAAUAAGAAACUGAAGGAAAAAAAGAAGGACACCUUUUACAUAAAUACAUAUUCCCGAAUAUAGACUUUAAGCGGUGGGAUUUCAACCACAUUUGCCUCUCAACAAUAUCUCGAGGUUCUCAUCAAUAGAUGGAAGUUCAUCCUUUGGGCCAAAGACUCAACAUUUUUUAUUUUCAGUGUUCCAGUCCUGCCUAAUUAUAUAUUUCUAUUUUAUAGAGAGUGUCACAUUUUACCCUAAAACCUUAAGAUACAGACAGUUCAUAUAGCAUUCUUUUCCAAGACAAAUAUUUUGUCAUAGACUGUU